AAGGCUACAGCACCUACUAUUCGUCAAAAGAACAUGCUGUAUAAAAAUAGAGCAGUUAAUCAUAAAGUAGCUGCAAAAGCAGCAGAGAAAACAAAAGCUGUAUCCAAAGUAAACUACUCUGUUUGGGUCAUUGCUCUUCUUUGCUUUGCCAUGUUUGGUGGAGCCAUUCUUCAAAUCAUUGACUUGUUCUUUUAAUAAUUUAUUCCAAUACAUUCAAAAUCAAUAUAUAUCUUGCACAUUUACAUACUUUUUUCAAACACAUAAA